AAUAAUGUUUCAAUCGUGGCCCAGAAACAAAGGAGAGAACCCGACUUGAGGAUUAAGUUAGUCAGUUCAUCUUCUUCUUGAUUCACACUUCUCAUCAUCAACCAUCACCUUAAUCUGGGGAUUACUAAAGUCGCGAAGCUCUCAACUUAGGAUUCUUUUUUUUCCGACAGAGAUGGAUCUAAAUCUCGAUGCGCCGCACUCAAUGGGGACGACAAUCAUCGGCGUCACUUACAAUGGAGGUGUCGUUCUCGGAGCUGACUCACGUACCAGCACCGGGAUGUACGUAGCGAAUCGGGCUUCCGACAAGAUCACUCAACUCACCGACAAUGUCUACGUCUGCCGUUCCGGUUCGGCUGCUGAUUCUCAGGUUGUCUCGGACUACGUCCGCUACUUCCUUCACCAGCAUACAAUUCAGCUGGGGCAGCCUGCAACUGUUAAGGUUUCUGCCAACCUUAUCAGGAUGCUCGCAUAUAAUAACAAGAACAUGCUCCAAACCGGCCUCAUUGUUGGUGGCUGGGACAAAUACGAAGGUGGGAAGAUCUAUGGGAUUCCUCUCGGUGGAACUGUAGUGGAGCAACCCUUUGCUAUUGGAGGCUCUGGGUCGAGUUACCUUUACGGUUUCUUUGAUCAGGCGUGGAAAGAAAACAUGACCAAAGAAGAAGCCGAGCAACUUGUUGUGAAGGCGGUUUCACUGGCCAUCGCCCGUGAUGGAGCCAGUGGAGGGGUUGUACGGACCGUCAUUAUAAACUCAGAGGGAGUGACCAGAAACUUCUACCCUGGGGACAAGUUGCAGCUAUGGCACGAGGAGUUGGAGCCACAGAACUCCUUGUUAGACAUCUUGAACGCUGCUGGUCCUGAGCCAAUGGCCAUAUGAUGCAAGCAACGAUUAUUCUCUUACUCUGUUGAACAAAACGUUCUUAGAUGUUUCGUUACAUGUACCGAUGUUUUACUCUAAACCCCUGUUUGAAGUUAGGUUGGAUUGACUCAUUGCCUCUUUCAAGUGGUUAUCGUGUUUGUUAUAGCUAAUGUUUAAAUUCCUCUGUUCUGAAA